AUGAGUCCCAAGAGGGUGUUUGUUGUCGGAGUCGGCAUGACCAAGUUCGAGAAGCCGGGGAAGAGAGAGGACUUCGACUACCCUCAGAUGGCCAAAGAGGCUGUUACAAAAGCUCUUCAAGAUGCCAAAAUCCGUGUUGAAGAUGUCAACCAGGCAUGUGUGGGUUAUGUCUAUGGUGACUCAACUUGCGGUCAGCGUGCCCUGUAUGAAGUGGGUAUGACUGGGAUGCCUGUCUACAAUGUAAACAAUAACUGCUCAACUGGUUCAACGGCUUUAAUGCUUGCAAAACAAAUUAUUGAAGCUGGCACUGGAGAAUGUGUUUUGGCUCUUGGAUUUGAGAAGAUGGAACGGGGCUCACUUAGCUCAAAGUUCUUUGACCGCACAAACCCCAUGGACAAGCACGUUGAGGUGAUGGCAGACAUUGCUGGUAUGGAUGGUAGCCCAAUCACAGCACAAUUAUUCGGAAAUGCAGGCAAAGAGCACAUGGCUAAGUACGGUACAAAACCAGAACACUUUGCUAAGAUUGCCUACAAAAACCACAAACAUUCUGCAAACAAUCCGUACUCUCAGUUCCAAGACAUUUAUUCCCUGGAGCAGAUCAUGCAGUCACCUCAGAUCUUUGGCCCCCUGACUAAACUGCAGUGCUGUCCUACUUCUGAUGGUGCAGCGGCAGCCAUCCUGUGCUCUGAGGACUUCGUUCAUCGUCAUGGUCUGGAGGCCCAAGCUGUGGAAAUUUUGGGAAUGGAAAUGUCUACUGACCUUCCUUCAACGUUCCAAGACAAUAGCUGUAUGAAGAUUGUUGGUUAUGACAUGACCAAAAAUGCUGCUGACCGCCUCUUUGCUAAAACUAACUUGAAGGCUCAAGAUGUCGAUGUGGUUGAGCUGCAUGAUUGUUUCUCUGCUAAUGAACUCAUCACAUACGAAGCUCUGGGCCUCUGUCCCCCUGGGAAGGCAGGUGAACUUAUUGAUGCUGGUGGAAACACUUAUGGGGGCAAGUUUGUUGUGAACCCAAGUGGCGGUCUCAUCUCCAAGGGCCAUCCUCUGGGUGCUACAGGUAUUGCUCAGUGUUCUGAAUUGUGCUGGCAGCUACGAGGUCUUGCUGAGAAACGUCAGGUGCCUAACGCUAAGUUGGCUCUGCAGCAUAACAUUGGUUUGGGAGGAGCAGUCAUUGUGGGCUUGUACAGGCUGGGUUUCCCUCACUACGCCAGGUCUGCUGUUGGGCUUAAUGCAGUUUCUGCUGCCACCAACCCUGAUGACUUUAAGGCUUCCAUUCUUUUCAAAGCCCUUGAAAUGGCCAUGGCAGAUGAUAAAGACAACCUGAUUGAGAAGUUCCGUGGUAUUUAUGCUUUCAAAGUCAAGAAUGGUCCUGGCGGCGCUGAAGGCUUUUGGGUCAUCAAUGCCAAAACAGGAAAGGGAAGUGUUGAAUACAACGGCAAAGCCAAGCCAGAGGUUACUUUCAUCAUGGAUGACAAAGAUGUACCUGAACUGAUCAGUGGCAAGCUGAAUCCCCAAAAGGCCUUCUUCCAAGGGAAAAUUAAAAUUCAAGGAAACAUGGGACUGGCCAUGAAAUUGACUGAACUUCAGAAGAAGGCAGCCUCCAGGAUUGAGGAGUUUAGGUCAAAGUUGUAAAGCAUUGCCCUCUUUGCAGUUUUGCCUUCAAUCUGGAAGUGACUUAUUCUUGCACUUUGUGGAGUUAUUGCUCAAGCUGCCCUUGUUUUUGACUGUUGCAUGAAACUUUCAUACUCAGUUUUGGGGAUGGGAUGGGGUUCUUCAAAUCAAAUGUGUGAUGAUGUAAGAAUGAACAAGGAAUGUACUAUUAUCUAUUUUAUAUCGGGUACUACUGCAACUUUUAUUGUUUUUAAAUUUUGCCUCAUUCCUCUAUUUUCUGCAUUUAAAGAACUUUACUACGUACUAUUUUUCUACUGUGGUGUAUUUGGGUUAGACCAUCAUAUUUAGCUUUAAAACAUUGUUUUAAAACCAGUAUUAGUAAUUUUUUUUACAAAUUAUUAAAAAAAGUUACCAGGACGUACUUUUGGUGCACCAAGUCUGUGCCCCUGAUCUACCUUCCAUGCCAUUUGUUGCCUAAUUGCAGAAAUAGCUGAUUUGACUCUUGUGUACCUCUUGUACUGAUGUGAUAUAUGUUAGAUUGAAGUUUCACUGGUUCAUGUUGUAACUUCUGUGAAUUAUGACUAGUUAUCUUGAGGUGGAUUCAGUGUUGUGGAUACUGCGUUUUUAUUUUUUACAAUGUACCUAUGGAAAAUAAAGUUUUAUAUUUGUU